CCUCGCCAGCACGGUGCAUUCUGGGUUUACCCCAACAUGGCGGCGCCCUUGUACAAAUGCUGAGAAAGUAUCUCUGUGGAGAAACAGAAGCGAAUAGAGGUUCGUUUUGAGGUCAGCGGUAGCAAAAAAUUACCCGCGACCAUCUCCGGGUCCACGAGAGAAGCACUGCAACCAGGUCAUCGAUUGCACAAGUUCGUAAGAGCUUGGUGUGGCCCAAGCUGAGAGUCCCUGCGACGAUGGGCCUCUUUUCCAGCCCCUAGCGAGGAGUGGACGCAGGGAAAGACACGGCACAUUCCCCGACAAGCCCUUAACGGGUGAACUCGGACUUGUCGGCGUUGACAUUUAUCGCAAAUUGUGGGAUUUGCCGUAUAAUCUGCUGUCAGGUGUUCUCUGCGCGGCCGCCAGUGUCGUAGAAAAGGGACGCAGAAGUUUCCAAGCCCGCGGGAGCGAUUCAACCACGUCAAGGGCCCUGAUGAAAAUGGACGCAGAGCCGCUGCACUCGCCCGUGGUGGCGGGCCUGGCGGAGGAGGAGGAGGCGGACAUGAGCGACUGGAACUUGCCGCUGGCCUUCAUGAAGAAGCGCCACUCGGAGAAGAUCGAGGGCUCCAAGGCCCUGGCGCAGAGCUGGAGGAUGAAGGACAGGAUGAAGACGGUGAGUGUGGCGCUGGUCCUGUGUCUGAAUGUGGGGGUGGACCCCCCCGACGUGGUGAAGACCUCUCCCUGCGCCAGACUGGAGUGCUGGAUCGACCCGCUGUCCAUGAGUCCACAGAAGGCCCUGGAGACCAUCGGGGCCAACCUGCAGAAGCAGUACGAGAACUGGCAACCCCGGGCGCGCUACAAGCAGAGCCUGGACCCCACGGUGGACGAGGUGAAGAAGCUCUGCACCUCUCUGCGGCGCAACGCUAAGGAGGAGCGGGUCCUGUUCCACUACAACGGGCACGGCGUCCCCCGGCCCACCGUCAACGGGGAGAUCUGGGUCUUCAACAAGAACUACACGCAGUACAUCCCGCUGUCCAUCUACGACCUGCAGACCUGGAUGGGCAGCCCCUCCAUCUUCGUCUACGACUGCUCCAACGCCGGCAUCAUCGUCAAGUCCUUCAAGCAGUUCGCCCUGCAGCGGGAGCAGGAGCUGGAGGUGGCUGCCAUCAACCCCAACCACCCCCUGGCGCAGAUGCCCCUGCCCCCCUCCAUGAAGAACUGCAUCCAGCUGGCAGCCUGCGAGGCCAGCGAGCUGCUGCCCAUGAACCCCGACCUCCCCGCCGACCUGUUCACCUCCUGCCUGACCACGCCCAUCAUGAUCGCCCUGCGCUGGUUCUGCAUGCAGAAGAGCGCCAGGCUGGUGCCCGGGGUGACGCUGGACCUGAUCGAGAAAAUCCCGGGCCGGCUGAACGACAGACGCACGCCGCUGGGGGAGCUGAACUGGAUCUUCACAGCCAUCACAGACACCAUCGCGUGGAACGUGCUGCCCAGAGACCUCUUCCAGAAGCUGUUCCGCCAGGACCUGUUGGUCGCCAGCCUGUUCCGCAACUUCCUGCUGGCGGAGAGGAUAAUGAGGUCGUACAACUGCACCCCUGUCAGCAGCCCCCGCCUGCCCCCAACCUACAUGCACGCCAUGUGGCAGGCGUGGGACCUGGCCGUGGACAUCUGCCUCUCCCAGCUGCCCACCAUCAUAGAGGAGGGCACCGCCUUCAGGCACAGUCCCUUCUUCGCGGAGCAGCUGACUGCCUUCCAGGUGUGGCUGACGAUGGGCGUGGAGAACAGGAACCCCCCCGAGCAGCUGCCCAUCGUCCUGCAGGUGCUCCUGAGUCAGGUGCACAGGCUGCGAGCGCUGGACCUGCUGGGCCGCUUCCUGGACCUGGGGCCCUGGGCAGUGAGCCUGGCCCUCUCAGUGGGGAUAUUCCCCUACGUGCUGAAGCUGCUGCAGAGCUCUGCCCGUGAGCUGCGGCCCCUCCUGGUCUUCAUCUGGGCCAAGAUCCUGGCAGUGGACAGCUCCUGUCAAGCUGACCUGGUGAAGGACAAUGGGCACAAGUACUUCCUGUCUGUCCUGGCUGACCCGUACAUGCCUGCCGAGCACCGCACCAUGGCGGUCUUCAUCCUGGCGGUGAUCGUCAACAGUUACAACACGGGUCAGGAGCAGUGUUUGUAGGCUCACCCUCGCCCCAUUUGCCUGGAGCAGCUGAACGACCCGCACCCGCUGCUGCGCCAGUGGGUGGCCAUCUGCCUGGGCCGGAUCUGGCAGAACUUCGACUCGGCCCGCUGGUGCGGCGUGCGGGACAGCGCCCACGAGAAGCUGUACAGCCUGCUGUCCGACCCCAUCCCAGAGGUGCGCUGUGCUGCAGUCUUCGCUCUGGGCACGUUUGUGGGGAACUCGGCCGAGCGGACGGACCACUCCACCACCAUCGAUCACAACGUGGCCAUGAUGCUGGCGCAGCUCCUCAACGACGGCAGCCCCGUGGUGCGGAAGGAGCUGGUGGUGGCUCUCAGUCACCUGGUGGUUCAGUACGAGAGUAACUUCUGCACGGUGGCGCUGCAGUUCAUCGAGGAGGAGAGGAACUACGUGGUGCCCUCGCCGGCCAGCAACACAGAGCCUGGAAACCACACCCCGGUGCGGGACCGGGACAGUCCAGCCAUCCCCCGCCUGCGUUCCGUCAACUCCUACACCAACAUCCGCGCCGCCACCACCGCCCGAAACCUCAACAAGAGCCUGCAGAACCUGAACCUCAACGAGGAGGGGGGCCCUGUUGCCUUCUCUCCAGGGAACCUGAGCACUAGCAGCAGUGCCAGCAGCACUCUGGGAAGCCCGGAUAAUGAUGAGUACAUCCUGUCCUUCGAGACCAUCGACAAGAUGAGGAGGGUCAGCUCCUACUCUUCACUCAACUCACUCAUAGGGGUGUCCUUCAACAGCGUGUACACGCAGAUCUGGAGGGUGCUGCUGCACCUGGCGGCCGACCCCUUCCCCGAAGUGUCCGACCUGGCCAUGAAGGUCCUCAACAGCAUAGCGUACAAGGCCACGAUGAACGCCCGGCCCCAGAGGAUCCUGGACUCCGGCUCGCUGACCCAGUCUGCCCCGGCCAGCCCCACCAGCAAAGGGACCCACAUCCACCAGGCGGGUGGCUCCCCCCCCAUGCCCAGUCCCAGCAGCUCCAGCCUGACCAACGAGGUGCCCAAGCCCCCCAGCCGCGAGCUGCCCCCCGCCCGGCCGCCCUACACCCCCACGCUGGGGGGGCAGGCUCCGCACUCCCACCAGUUCCCACGCACCCGCAAGAUGUUCGACAAGGGGCCCGACCAGACCGCGGACGACGGCGACGAGCCGGGCGGGCACAGGAACUUCAUCAGCGCCACCAUGCAGACGGGGCUCUGCGACUGGAGCGCCAAGUACUUCGCGCAGCCCGUCAUGAAGAUCCCGGAGGAGCACGAUGUGGAGAGCCAGGUGCGCAAGGAGAGGGAGUGGAGGUUCCUGCGGAACGCACGCGUCCGGAGGCAGAGCCAGCACAUCACUCAGAGAGGCGUGACCCGUCUGGACGACCAGAUCUUCAUCAACCGAAACCCGGGCGUGCCCUCGGUGGUCAAGUUCCACCCCUUCAACCCCUGCAUCGCCGUGGCAGACAAGGACAGCAUCUGCUUCUGGGACUGGGAGAAGUCGGAGAGGCUGGACUACUUCUACAACGGCAACCCGCGCUACACCCGCAUCACGGCCAUGGAGUACCUGAACGGACACGACUGCUCGCUGCUGCUCACCGCCACCGACGACGGCGCUCUGCGGAUCUGGAAGAAUUUCGCCGAUCAGAGGAACCCUGAGAUGGUGACGGCCUGGCAGGGCCUCUCAGACAUGCUGCCCACCACGCGAGGGGCAGGCAUGGUGGUGGACUGGGAGCAGGAGACGGGCCUCCUCAUGACCUCUGGGGACGUGAGGGUCAUCCGGAUCUGGGACACCGAGCGAGAGAUGAAAGUUCAGGACAUCCCCACGGGGGCGGACAGCUGCGUGACCAGCCUGUCCUGCGCCUCGCGCCGCUCCCUCAUCGCGGCCGGCCUGGGCGAUGGGUCCGUGCGCGUCUACGACCGGAGGAUGGGCCCCAACGAGUGCCGUGUGAUGACAUACCGUGAGCAUGGGGCGUGGGUGGUGAAGGCAUACCUGCAGAAGGAGGCGGACGGCCAAAUCAUCAGCGUCAGUGUAAACGGGGACGUGCGGUUCUUCGAGCCGCGAGCGGCGGACUCUGUUAGCGUGAUGCAGACGGUGAAAGGGCUGACCGCCCUGGACAUCCACCCACACGCCAACCUGUUCGCCUGCGGGUCCAUGAACCAGUUCAUCGCGGUCUACAACUCCAGCGGCGACGUCAUCAGCAACAUCAAAUACUACGACGGCUUCAUGGGCCAGCGGAUCGGGGCCAUCAGCUGCCUGGCCUUCCACCCAUACUGGCCGCACCUGGCCGUGGGCAGUAAUGACUACUACAUGUCCAUCUACUCUGCAGAGAAGAGGCUGAGAUAACGACUGAGCCCCCGGAACCAGGAUGUAAAGGACUUCUAAUGUACAUACGCAAUUAUCACCUGGAACGUCUCGUGAUUGGCUGCUCAUACCCCUCUUAUCACAUUAUUAUUGCUCUUAUUCCUGUUGUGGGCCGUUGACUGUAGACUUGGCUGUGCUGAGGAGUGUGUAUAUUUAAUUGCGUUCGCGGACGAUAGAGAUAUUUUAAGCUGCAGCCCGUCGGCCACGUAGCCGCUGGGUCUCCCCCCCCCCGCCCCCGCCCCGUGUGCGCCCCCUGCCCGCGCCGAGGAAGAGGAGCGGCGGGAGGAAGAGGCCGCAGCGCCAGCGUAAAGCUCCAGGCCCCGCCCCGCCCCGGCCCGCUCCAGGCCCCGCCCCUGGCCCUCUCCAGGCCCCGCCCCCGGCCCGCUCCAGGCCCCGCCCCUGGCCCUCUCCAGGCCCGCCCUGCCCCUCCAGGCCUGAAGCUCUGCAGCAGAGGCCUGGGGCCUGCCCCCCCACCAGACCCCCCACCCGCCGGGACUCCACUGGCACCGUAGGACAAGAGCCCUGUCCCCUGCCCAGCCUGCCACUCAGCCCUUACCCCGCCCCCCAACUGUGCCAAACUUACAAACCCUGCCAAUGUCCCCUGACCCCCUGGCCCUCUGUCCCUCUGUUCCCCUGUCCUUCUAUCCUCCUGUCCCCCUGUCCCUCUCUCCCUCUGUCUCCCUGUCCCUCUAUCCCCCU